UGGGAUGUAUUUCCAUUGUUGUCCUCUUGUGACAUGGUGGUUGGUCAAGAUCACUUGUGCUUUGGAGGGGCAGAGCCAGACCAGACGCAACGAAUGAUAUUGGAUCUUUAAAAAACGGAAAAAACAAAAGGCACCGCACUGCUGUGCUGAGACUCAUUGGUGUUCAUUGCAAAUAUAGCGCCAGCCAGUGCAUCGGUUAGACUCACAAUAACGGCAUAUUUGGGAUCAGUCUCCACUCCUUUGGGAUAAUGUUUCCCAUUUAAUCUGGAUCAACCACGGGCGGCUGCAUAUGAGUUGAGAAUUUUUCAGUUUUAAGAAAAUCCCGGAGGUCUGUCCUGCAAGCGUAAUUUUAUCUCGACAGUCUUGUGAAAGAGAUACGUAAAAGUGUGGAGUGUUGCUCGUUGUUCAAUCUUCCCAAAUGACCGGCGACCGUUUUACCACGAACAUGACUGUGUAAAUACUUAGCCUAACAUUAUUUGUUAUUAUUUUAUAGUUUUUAUUUUCUCAUAUCUCCACUGCACUUGAUCGCAAACGAUGCAGGUCCUACUGUUUGCUACGGUUCUUUACUAUAUCGUGAACUUCGUCGGGGCUGAGCCCAAACCAAAAUGCUCGGAGCGGUGCGACGUGAGCACUUGCCCCAGCCCUAGCUGCGCGAUGGGGUACGUUCCAGACCGAUGCAACUGCUGCCUGGUUUGCGCCCAGGGGGAAAGCGACCCUUGCGGGCGCAAAGAUGACCUACCCUGCGGUGAUGGACUCGAAUGCAAGCACCCGGCCGGAAAGCGGCUAGGCAAGGGCUUUUGUCAGUGCAAAUUGGGUCACAAAGUUUGCGGCAGUGACGGCGUUACCUACGGGAACGUGUGUCAGCUGAAGGCGCAGAGUAGGAAGGCUCUGCAGCAGGGGCUGCCUGCCAUCACCUCCGUCCAGAAGGGACCAUGCGAAAUCAACAAUAACAAAGGUACUUCACACCCCACCAGUCCCAGGUACAAGUUUAACUUCAUAGCUGACGUGGUUGAGAAGAUUGCGCCGGCUGUUGUCCACAUUGAACUUUUCCUCAGGCACCCUCUGUUCGGCCGGAAUGUCCCUCUGUCCAGUGGGUCAGGCUUUGUGAUGUCAGACACAGGUUUGAUAGUGACCAACGCCCAUGUAGUCUCCAGCACCAGGCCUGUGUCGGGCCGUCAGCAUCUCAAGGUCCAGAUGCACAACGGUGACGUCUACGAAGCGACCAUCAAGGACAUCGAUAAGAAGUCAGACAUCGCCACCAUCAAAGUCAACCCACUGAAAAAGCUCCCGGUGCUGUUGCUAGGCCACUCGGCCGACCUUAGACCUGGUGAGUUUGUGGUUGCCAUUGGCAGCCCCUUCGCUCUCCAGAACACGGUUACCACAGGGAUCGUGAGCACUGCACAGAGAGACGGGAAGGAGCUGGGCAUCAGAGACUCUGACAUGGACUAUAUACAGACGGACGCCAUCAUCAACUAUGGAAAUUCAGGCGGACCUCUAGUUAACUUGGACGGGGAGGUGAUCGGUAUCAGUUGUGAUCCAGUUCCUAUUCGUAACACUCUGUUAAGUUGUUUGUCUGACUGCCACCAGGACGGGGAGGUGAUUGGCAUCAACACUCUGAAAGUGGCUGCUGGGAUCUCCUUCGCCAUCCCUUCUGAUAGGAUCACACGCUUCCUCAAGGAAUCAAUGGACAAGCAGAGCAAAGAAGUGAGAUCAUUGAAGAAACGGUUCAUUGGAAUAAAGAUGCUCACCAUCAAUCCAGCGCUGGUUGAGGAGCUGAAGCAGCAGAACCCAGACUUCCCUGAUGUCUCUAGUGGGAUCUACGUCCAUGAAGUGGUGCCUCACUCUCCUGCACAGAAAGGUGGUAUCCGAGACGGUGACAUCAUCGUGAAGCUGAACGGCCGUCCUCUGCUGACCACAGCUGAUCUACAAGGGGCGCUCACGGAGGAGACAGCCCUGCUGCUGGAGGUCAGGAGGGGCAACGACGACCUGCUCUUCAACAUCCAGCCUGAUGUCAUUAUGCAGUAACUCAGUAAACAUGAAGACAUUGACCAGGAGUACUGUACUCAAGAUAUAUUUCUAUCGGACCAUUCUGUAAACGUUAGAACGUCACUCAUGAACAUGCUCCCAGCUGUUCAACAUCGAGCCAGACGACGUCUUCAUGCAGUAAUCACAGCAACCGUGGUGUGGAACCCGUGAGACUGACCAAACAAAACAAAACAAAACAGAAACUCUGGUUGAGAGCCCUAUACACUUAUAAAGCUGCCCCUAUAGUCACUGACCUAAGAUCAGUUUGUAUUUGUUUUGGGAGGGUAAAACUGAUCCUAACUCGGUGCCUAAAGGGUGACUUUUAACUACUCCGAGCCAAGGGGAGAACGCUCAACAAACAUGUCGAGAAACAGAAAACUGUGUUUGUUGGAACCUUGAUCUGGAAACAACAGAGACUGACUGACCCUUGCUUGGUAAAUCCAGCCAGAAAAUUCUCUGGGCUCUGGAUGAAUUUAGGACUGAAUGUUGGAACGCCCAGUGAAAUGAAACACUUGAUUUUUAGUAUUGUUGUAUUUGUGUUUUGUAUCAUCUGUCUUUGUCAAAGCAUACCAGCUGUGUUUUGAGACUCACUUACUCCCAAUGCAACUGAUCAUUGGUAAGACAAGUUUAGCAUGUAGUUUAAUUCAAAGAUUUGUCCAUUGUUACACUGCUUUUAUGGCCUUUUUUAAAAAUCUGUUGAACAGAACUUUUUUCUGUACAUGCGAGUACAGUAGCUAUGUGUCCAAUGCUUUCCGUUUGAAACCAUUCCAUAAUCAACUGUUUUUGGGUCAGUUAUACUUUGAAAGAAAGACCAGAAUUUGGUCAGAAAUGUUCAGUUAGAAGUUGAAAGAAAGACCACAUUGUUAUUCAACUGGUAAAAUGUAAGCAAAUGUCUGUUUGAAUCUCACUGUUACUGGAUUCUUGAUGUCUUCUACUAUAACCGACCCAUUGGGAACACUUUACAUUAAUGUCCUAAGGGUUUAUAAAGGGUUUGUAAAGGUGCUAUAAGCAGUUUUAUAAACACUUUACAACAUUGACCUGUGCUUAUAGCAUGAAUAAAUAAAUUCCCUUUACAGUCAGUUACUUAUAUCUUAAUCAUCAUGACUUAAGAACAGAUUGAAUGUUUACAAAUCUGGAUUCCUCACCAACAGGCUAUGUCAAUGGGAGUGAUUGUUAUAGUUUUUGCUACUUUUUGGUAAUGUGUAUAAAAUCAAAUAAAUUGCUGUGUAGGACGUUCUUGCAUUAGAUCCAGUGA